AUGUUGGAUGGCAUUGAAGACCCUCAUAAUUUUGGGGCAAUUUUGCGGACAUGUGCAGCUCUAAAAGUUGAUGGAGUAAUUAUUAGCAAAAAAAAUCAAGUGCCGGUUAAUAGCACCGUAGUUAAGGUUUCGGUUGGCGGUAUAGCCCAUGUUCCGGUUUGUCAAGUCGAUAGUUUAAGUGGAGCAGUUAAUGAACUAAAAAAAAGAGAUUACAAAAUUAUUUCUACUAUUUGCGAACCAGGAGCUCGCGAGUAUGAUAAAUUUGAAUUUGAUUUUCCAGUUUGUUUAAUAUUUGGCAAUGAAGGUGAAGGAAUUAAAAAGUCAUUAAUUAAAAAAAGUGAUUAUUCUCUCUACAUUCCGAUGAGUAAUAAUAUUGACUCCUUAAACGUUUCGGUUAGUUGUGGCAUUAUUUUGGCACAGAUAGUUUCCCAAUGA